AUGUCUUUCCGAUUUUGCAUUGGUCGUAAAUGGGGCCGCAUCGCCGACGGCCUCACCAACCGCAGCCCGGCUUCCGUUCGCAACCGCUACCUCAGAAUCGAGCUCGGGCAGCAAGCGCGACGCCUCGGCCUCGCCAAGAACCGCUGCGCCGCAUGUGGGCAGCCCAAGCUGGGCCACGUGUGCUCGGCGAAGACCUCCGGCUUCUCGCGCGCCACCUCUCUCCUCACCGCCGUCCGUCCGUCGGGCCCGACCGUUCCACGCUCGGCUGCUGCGCCGCCGCCGCCGAUGCAAACCGCGCAGACGCCGCUGCACGUGAGGCCGCUGAUCCUCAGCGUGCCGGACCCGGCGGCGCCGCCCCCCGAGCCGGUCCUACACCCGCUCACGACGGCGCACUCUGUCUACACCCAACCCAAAAAGCACGAUUCUGAAGCGGUUCGGGCAUCGGGGAUCUCGAUCUGA